AUGGACGAGGCGUCACACUGCGAAGAUGGUGACCACCUGGAGGAGGUGUUAGACGACAUAUACAUUGGCGACUGUGUCUGUGCACUCUGCGACGAGGGUGGUGAUUUGCUGUGUUGCGAAGGUGGAUGCAUGAGAGCAUUUCAUGCAACGAGAGAAGCAGGCGCGUCGUCACAAUGCGUUACCCUUCAGAUGGACGAGCAAGCAGUGAAGCAAUUCUCAUCGUGGAGCUGUCCAAACUGCGUGGCAAAGAUUCAUCAAUGCUAUGUGUGUGGAGAGCUCGGAUCAUCAGUCGAAGGAGUCGAAGGAGAAAACCAAGAGGUGUUUCAAUGUGGUGAAAGUGGUUGCGGUCAUUAUUAUCAUCUAGGCUGCCUAGCCCAGUGCCUGCCAUUCGGGUUGCGAUAUGGGAAGACGGAUUCCGCAUCAGGCAUCUUUCAACGGGUGUGGGGUGUGGACGAUGAGUUUCCCCAGCGGGUGAUGUAUUGCAGCCAACAUACUAUUGUUCCGGAGCUUGAAACACCAUUGCGAGAUCACAUUUUGUCUCCUCUUGGAGACAUUUUCGCGGAGGUUGUUGAACUGGAGCCUGUGGCCAACCUAGCGCAACAUUCUAAGCAACAUCAACGAAAACGGAUAGCAAAGAUGGAAAGUGAUCCGAAGGUGAUCAAACGCCGCGGAGUCCGGGAAGGAGAUGACAGAGGCGCUAACGUUAGGAAAAUGCGAAGAGAAUCAUAUAGUUGUCUUCUAGAGCCAGACCCUAGCAGCCAGAAGUUGGAGCUUGUUGCCAAAGCUAUUGGAAAAAGGUCCGAUUUUUCCAAGGAAUCAUCGGAAAGCGAAAGUGAAUCUACCAGUGAUUUGCGUAAGCUUGGAGAUGCGGCGGUGAAUGGAAGAGCGUCUGUCUCAAGUAGACAUGCAUUGUACGUCGAUAGAACGUCAAGUCAAAACCCCAAGGAAUCUCAAACGAGCGCCUCUGCGGAAUGUGAGCGUCUAACGUCCAACCAUUCGGAUAUGGAUGAAGGGGAAGAAGACAAACUUGUGGAUCACGACACUCUUGUGAGUGUUACAAACCUGGCGAGCCGACUUUGGACGACGGAGAAGGUGGAUGAAACGCUUCGAGUACCAUUGUCUUACCGACGACGCGAUGCUGACAAACCAAGCAAUUUCAUCAAACGGAGGGAGAUACAAAGCCUGAUUGAGAAGCUGCCAAAGAACAUUGAUAGUGCACUGAACGUACUACAAGACCGAACAUUGCCAUCCAAGGCUACGCACAAACUUGUGAUUGAGAUGCUUCGGCCCGAGAGCUUGACCCAGCUUGAAGCGAUCGAGUCACAACUGGCAGUGCGAAUAGCUCCAUUCCUCCAUGGAAGACGCUGUACGUCAUUCAGACGCCACUUUACGGUGUCGAAAAACUUAGCAGAGAUCAUUGAGAGGUUGCAUUGGUACAUUGACGAUGGAGAUGUGGUGGUGGAUACGUCUUGCGGGUCCAAUGAGUGGUCAAUGCUGCUUGCAGCCACGUUAGAAAAGCAGGGGAAGCGAGAAUGCCGGUUUUAAGAAUUUUGACAUUUGUGAAACCUCAAACCCAUUCCAUUUCGAGAAGAAGGAUUGGUUCGAGGUUUCCAAAGAUGAUCUUCCAACCGGAAAAAGCCUGGUGAGUACCACUGUUUAUGUCCCAUGAAUUGCACAAGGAUAAACAACGUAGAUGUAAGCAAACGUUUAUUGAGGCAAAGUGCUUUUGCGUGGAUGUCAUUAUGUUUCACUUAUAGUGCUACUACUGUUGGUUCGAUUUGCUUCAAAAUUUUCAUGGUAAUGUAAAUUUCAAAAUAGUAGCCGUUCGAAUGCUAAUAUAUCAACGAUCUUCAGAUUGUUCCGCUGACCAUUUGGAUGAGUACCACAGACUUAUGCCCGAAUCUAUAAUCUACGAGUCAAGCUCCAGCCUACAAGUUCUACGUUUCAAAAAAUUGCAGGUGUUUGGGUUAAAUCCACCUUUUGGUCAGCUUGGAGAGCGAGCGAAGGACUUUGUGGAACGAAUGUUCACGUUUGAACCAAGACUGGUGAUUUUGAUUGCCCCAAAAGCAGCAGAAGUGGACAACCCCCGCUAUGAGCUCCUAUGGAAGGACACCGAACUGUUGAAGGGCCAGGCGUUUUACCUUCCUGGUUCAAUUGACGACGGGGGAGACGUGGUACCUCAACACAACAACGACCCUCCUCCACUAUAUCUAUACGGACGAAAAGACUACUCCGACAAGCACCAUGCUAUUACCAUAGAGCACAAACUGCUUCGGAUAGCAAGUGGGCAUCUGCCACCAAUCACUUUAUAACAAAUCAUCGGCACAGCCGCGUGAAGCAUUGCCGAAGGCGAACCAUAUGUGCACAUAUAAUCAUACGUUGUGCUUCUGAGAACGAAGACGAGCUUCAAAUAUUGUGUUUCAAAAUUUGAAUCAAAUUAUUCAUCACAUUGCU